AUGGAAGCCAAGAUAACUGAAGCAGUACGACAAAAAGGAAAUUUACAAAAUUUUGUUGAUCAAUAUGGAAAAUUAUUAGAAAAACGACCACAAAAUGCAAAUGAAAUAUAUCGUAGUACAGCAGAAGCUUUAUCUCAUGAAUUCGAUCAAGAUUAUUCAAAAAUAACUGGUUAUAUUCAAACAAAAAUUGAUUGGCCACUUUCAUUUAAACGUUUACUUCUUCAUCGUGUUCAAAGAGAUUUAUCUGAUAAUCAGGGUAAACUUGAUAAUAUCGCUAAUUUUGUAUUUGAUCCAACAGCAAGUAUCAAACAAAAUCGUCGUUUUCAUAUAUUUAUUCCAACAAUUGCUUCAGUUGAACGGCAAUAUGGUUCUGGUGUUAGUACAUUAUUUCAUCUUCAAACUGGAUUUUUUCUUAUUAAUUUAUUAACAUUAAUUGUUUGGCUUGCAUUAAUCAUUAUACCAUAUAAUAUUUUAAAAUCAUCAACAACAUCUUCAAAUGUUACAUUUACAUUUUCAUCAAUAUUUACUACAAAAGGUUAUUUAUCUGAAACAAUUCUUUUUCAAGGUUCUUAUCCUAAAGGAAUAAUAGAUGAGAAAUAUAAUUUAUCCUUAAUAUAUUUAAUAACAACAUAUAUUUAUUUUAUUAUUUGGUUUAUUUUUAUUACAAUACGUUUUGCAAUAACAUAUAAACGAAAAUUAUUUGAUUCAAUAUUAAGUGCUAAACUUGGUAUAGGAUUUAUGUGUACAUUUGCACGACAUGAUUAUACAGUUAAAACAGAUAAAGAAAAACAAAAACAUAUGACAGCUUUUCAUAGACAAUUUCUAGAUUUAAUUGAAAAUGAUGAAAGAAUUGAAUCAAGUCAUCAGAAUCAAAAUAAAAUUCGUGGAUAUAAAAUUAAAAUGGUUAUAAAAAAUUUAUUAUACAUUUUAUUAGCUAUUGGAUUAGGUGCUAUCAAUUGGCUAAUUUUAUCUUCUUGUGAUAAUCCAACUAUUGAUUGUUCGGGAUCAAUUAUUUAUGUAGCUUUCAUCAAUCGAUUAAUGCCAUAUUUUAUUGUUCUUCUUGCACAAGUUGAACAUUUCCAAUAUUUAGCUGAUAAAUUAGAUACUGUUGGAUUUAGAUGUAUUCUUAUGAACAUAUGUACGAUGUUAUCCUUUACUAUAUAUUUUUUUAUUAAUGCACCUUUAUGUUAUGAAACAGCUUAUGGUCAAUAUAUCUAUAUACUUUUAUUAUCAGAUUUAUUUGCAUCAUUAAUUUUUCCAAUUUUAUUUGGUAUUUUAUUCGAUAUAAUGUGUGGUAAAAAGAGUCUCAAUUUCGAUGGUAUUAAUCUACAUGUUCAAUUAAGUCCACCUGUAUUACUCUAUAGUCAAUUUCUUAUAUGGCUUGGAAUUUAUUUUUCUCCACUUAUAUCAAUAAUGAUAUUAAUAAAUAUAUUAUUUUCAUUUAUUUCCCAUCGUUUAUAUAUAUAUAUUCGUUCACUUGGUUCAAGUUCCUAUAAACGUGUUCUUUUUUGGAAUGCUCAUCGUCUUGAAUAUAUGAUAUAUUUAUUGGCAUAUAUUAUUUUAAUAGUAAGUGUAACAUGUGUUGUUGUAUUUACAACACAAAUAAAACCAAGUGAAAAUUGUGGACCAUUUCGUCAAUUGAAUGUUUCAUAUGAAGUUAUUGAAGUUUUUUCAAAUGAAUAUCAAUCAUCUGUCUUAUGGAUAUCAAUUAUUAAUUUUUUAACAUCACCUGGUUUUAUUUAUUUUCUUGGUGCUAUAUUUUUUGUUGUUGCUUAUAAAUUAAGACAUGAAGAAUUAGCUGAAAAACAAAUUGUAUUCAUACGUAAUAGUAGUCUUACAAAUAAAAAAAAAUUACGAGAAAAAGCAGUAAAAAAAUUACAUCAACAAAAAAAGAUUAAAAAAGAAAAACGAAAACAUGUUAAACCAAAAACAUAUGAUGAUGACAAUAAUGUUGACAGAGACGAACAAUUUUAA